AUGGAUUCCGGAGUCGACUUGGAAGCUUUUGAAGAGCUGACGAGACUUACCGCAGACCUUGCGGAAGACAACUCAAAAGAUGAGUUUGAGGAUGAAGACAUCGAAGAGACUCUUUUGUUGGAAGAACUUCCCACUAAAAAAUUUCUGGAGCAAUCAGUGAUAAAACAGCGCGAAGAUAACAUCUGUCCAUUUGACAUUCUUCCAGAGGAAAUCAUUCUCAGAAUAUUUUCAUUCUUUACCCUUGGUGAAUUGUGUAGACAUGUGGCCCCAAUUUGCAAAAUGUGGCUACAUUAUUCCAGAUGUCCACUUUUACGACAGAAACUUUCAUUCUGGGAAAGUAGCCGAGAAAGAUCUCUUGAAGAGAUUAACGACAUUAUCCAAUCGAAUUUUACUCUUCUCAGAGACCUGUGCCUUCAGCCGAGGAUGGAAUUGACGUUACACGGCUGUAGAUUGUUGGCACAAUCAUGCCCUCAUCUGCAGACACUUUCUUUGUCUUUUUGUAGUCAAGUCAACAAACCGAUUAUCGAUCAAUUUGUCACGUUUUGCCCAAAGUUACGUGACCUUAACCUAGCAGGAUGUGGCGUGACUGAUCAGUGUUUGGAUGGCCUGAACAAGGUACCCCUGAGGAAAUUCAACGCCUCUCAUUGCACUAAGCUUACAGACGAUGGACUUAAGUUUCUUUCAACAAAGUGCCAUCAACUUUGUCACCUAAAUUUUGAUGGAAUUCAGUGGAUCACUCAUGAUGCAAUUACAGUGCUGGUGGAAAAUUGCUAUAGACGUCUUGAGUAUCUCUGGCUUGAUGGUGAAAACAUGACUGAUUGUACUGUUCAACUAAUUGGGAAAUGCUACCAUUUGAAAUGUUUGGGUCUGUCGUUUUGUACCUCACUAACUGACCAAUCACUGGAAUGUGUGCAGAACAUGAAAAAUCUUGCAUCACUAACGUUGAAAAAAGGUACAGAGUUUUCUGCCAAAGCUUUAAAAGAACUUUUUGAACAUCUUCAUCCACAAAAUUCAGGUAGUGCUACUGGCUUAUUCCAUGUCAAUGUCGCAGAGUGUACAAACCUUAAUGAUGAAGCUGUAAGCUCGCUUGCUGAAAGCUGCAGAAAUCUGCGAAGCAUUGAUAUCUCCUGGUGUUGGGAAGUUACUGAUGUUGGCCUUGGACAUGUGAUCAACAAAUGUCACCAAAUGAUUGAUAUGAACAUCUGUGGUGCUAAAGACUUUCGUGGAAAUCCAUUAAAGAAAAUACCACAGCAAAUGCCUAGAUUAAGACGACUUGAUGCAUCACAAUGCAAUCUGGUGCCAGAUGAAUUAUUGGAUGAACUUGUGUCAAUAAUGCCACAAAUGACUGUUAUUAAUUAUUAUGGCGAGGAAGUUCUUCCACCGAAAUAUAUUAGUGAGACCCAUAUAGUUAAGGUUGGGACAUGGUUUAAAUGACAGCAAUAUUAUGAGUAACCUCAGUUGAUUAUCAGGUUUCUAAGCUCUCAAAAUACAACUUGGGAACAGGCUAUCAUACUGAAGGGUUCUUGUCUAUUUGGUGUUGUUUGACUGUUUCUUAUGGCAAUUGAACAAGAUCAGGUGUUGAUUUUA